AUGUCUGAGGAUGGUGAAAUCACCAAAGUGCUCCCUGUGUUGCCAGAGUCAGAGAAGUGGUGGUUGAACAUUCCAAUUCUGGUCUUGGGCCUUGACCAGGGCAGCAUCGGACUUGCUGGCAUGGCCUAUGCUAUGUGUGACAAUAUGGUUCAUGUGAAAUGUGACAAGAUUCACAGGGCCAUUCGAGAUUUCAAGAACAGCAUGUCGAGAUGCCUCAAAGGACUCUUCCUGAGUGUGCAACUUCACUCCUCUUACAUCUUUGCCCUGAAUUAUAAACCCUUCGGAAGUGGUGGUUUCCACCAGCAGAAGAAGGACAUGAUGGAGAAGUUUGUUUCCACCACAUCACCGGGUACCAGCUCGUUGUGGGACGCUUUUCGGGAGAAGAUUGCCUUUGACUUAGGCAGGGUACUAUCCGGUGACGAGCAUGAGAUUGAAAACAUGCUUGCAGAUGUCGACUCCUUCAUGAAGAAGGGCAGCCUGGUGAAAUCAUCCAGAUGGUUCAGCUGGAACCAGCUAUGUCAUGAGCAACUUCACGAGUUUCAUGUCCUCAAAAUGCUGCUGGCUGAUCAUUUCGGUGAAGAUCAGUCUUUCAGCCCGUGCUCAAGGGAAAGACGCAGCCUGCAUUCCAAUUCGGCGAACCCAGGCCAGGGGCUCUUCGAAGGCAGAGUGCCAGAACCAGAAGGCAGAGUGCCAGAUGCUGAGGGACAGGAAGAUGCACUGGGUGAUUUGCAAAAGCUGACACAGGCUGGUCGUGCCACAGAUCCACGGAAAGAACUGAGCUUGUUGAAAUCCAGCAUGGGGGGCUUCAAGUUGGCAUACUAUCUCAUGACAGAGGACCUUUUCGAUCACUCCAAGAUUUUGUACAAAGUGACCGAACCAUUGUGGUGCUGGUAUGGGAAACAGGUGAAGAAUGUGAAAUCGCCACAGGAUGGUCGAGGUUACACUGAGUUGAUGACAGUGGGUGAUGCCUGGAAAGCAGACAAUCAUUUGAUCCAGAUGGUCUCGAACCUGCAGAAGACCGAGUUGUGGAAGGAGCAUUUCGAUACUGAUCUGCAUGAGCCCGCAGAAAAAAUCAUGAUGUUGAGCUUGCAUUUGCUGAUGAACAGGGUCUGGACUUCCAGUCUUUUUUCACUUCCACCAGAUGCCUAUGCAGGAUUGCUGUCAGCUGAUGCAGAAAUUCGGAAGACCACAGCUUUGAAGGCAGAGCGCCAUCACAGAUCACUUUUGAGAUUUGAGUCCAAAUUGUCGCAGUCCAUUCCAAGUCCUCAUACCCGACAACUCUUCACAGACCUGCAAGUUGGAAUCAGCCAUCCUUCGAGACUUUUCCUGGACACAUUGGAGGCGCAGGGAUACGAAGUUGCGCCUCCGGGGUCAGAAGACGUUGUCAUGGAUGAUGUUGACACAGAGCAGGACGUGGAGAUGGAGGACUCUGUGCCUGAAGAAGCAGAUGAUGGUCGUGGAGUUGGUGGCAUAGUUUUGGACGAGCAAGAAGGCAGAGUGCCAGCUCGCAGAACUGUAACAAUCCCGGUGCCAGCAUGCCCUGCAACCCACCUGCUGAGUGUUCUGGUGCAGACGCUGCCAGAUUCCAAGAUUGUGGAAGAUGUACACAACAAAAUUCGCAAUGAUUCGUUGUUGAACAAAACCCGCAAGCAAACAUACUCCACGAUCCAAACUGUGAUUGAGAAUUCCAAGGUCUUUGAAAGCCGCUCCAUCCGGCAUCCGGCAGCAGUCACACGGGAAUAUUUUGAAAGGGAGUUUUGGAACGUGCACAGCAAGCGCCAGAAAUUGUGCUUCAGAUCAUGUGUCCACAAGCUGCCAUCAAAGUAUACGGAGAUUGUCGGUGACAAGACAUGGAACACUCUGUCAGAAGAGACACUCGAACGAGCGUCAGCUGCGUGGUCAUGGCUAAAUCACUACAAUGAUGCAGCACUAGCAUCUUGGCAGGUUCCCUUACGUGCUGGGAAGUUCAGCAGCCUUGCGCCCCCUCUGAAGAUCUUGAAGCAUGCAUUGGAUCAGACAUGCUACCUAUCUCUUGGGGCAAAAACCUGGGCUGCUCUCAUGUGGCCAGUUGUCGAGCGUGAGGACCCGUCGACGAUGGAGAAAUAUUUUGUCUUGAAGGCAGAGUGCCCAGACGGUGACAGAGUCAAGGUUUGCUGGGUCCAUUUGUAUGAGCCUCAGUAUUGGGAAGUCCUGGAAACAGAGGCAGUCUUCUGGGAUGGCAUCAUUUGCCUGCGUCUUUGUUCCAAAGACCCACAGCCACUUCUACAGUGGAUGGAAAUGUCAGCAGCAUGUCGGACUCUUGCAGACUGCCAGAAUCUUGCCGAGUAUGUGAUCUCACUGACUGAAACAGUGGACGAAGGAAAACGAAGAGAACUGCAACGAAUGCGUCGUGCAAAACUCAUGAGCCUGAUCGCUUCUCAUGUGGUUCCGCAAGAUAUGGGUUUCUUGAAAAAAAUCGAUGCUAUGUAUUCGACAGUGACAGAUGUACUGGAAGAUUAUGAUGAUGAGGAUGAGAUCAUCAUGGGAGACUUUGUUGAUGAACUGGUUCUUGACGACCUGCUUGCUGAGGACAAGCAGGAGUUUAGAAUGGUCUCAGACGCAGUCAAAAAACGCAGAAUUCGAAGGGUGCAUCAAACCUGGAAAGCCAUCAAGACGUCGCAGCACCCAAAGGCCAAAGCAAAGGCCAAGGCCAAAGCAAAGGCCAAGGCCAAAGCAAAGGCCAAAGGGAAAGCCAAGGGUAAGGUGGCGGAGGUGCCUGCAAUGCCUGUCCCAGCUGCACCACCGGAGGUGCCUGUGGUGCCUGUUCCAGCCCAGGAGGUCGCUGGUCAGAUGAAGUACGACCCAAAUCCUGGUGGUAAGAGCAUACCGAAUCCAGAAUGGAUUCUCCGAGUUCGUGUGACAGACGAUGGUCUCUUGGCCAGAUGCAGCGAUUUGUUGGGUUUUGGGUUUUAA